AUGGCGCCUAAUUUUGACGAUGAUGACUUUUACGACCCCAACGAAGAAGAAUAUGGUGAUGAAGGUGGCGAUGAGCUCAGCCCGGAAGAUCGUGCAUCCAUGACCAAGGGUACCGCAGAUGUCCGCAAAGCUUUAGGCGGCGAUGCCAAUAAGGUUACCGUCAAGCAGAUUGAAGAUGCUCUGUGGCAUUAUUACUAUGACGUGGAAAAGUCUGUAGCUUUCCUGCAGAAAAGCUUUAUCAACGCUGCACCUAAACCUACGCCGAAGAAAGCGCCAGAGGCUCAACACCAUGCAUCUAAACCCCUUCCGCCAUCCUCGAGGGCCGACUUUUUCAACGACAUGCCCUGGCUACAAACAUCGCCAGACAGACAAAGUACAUUUCACGAGCCGGAUACGCCACGAGGAGGCCUUCUUGGCGGCAGCGGGUCUGCACCAAAGAUGUCAAAGCUUCAAGCACUUGCUGCUGCGCGGAAGAAGAAAGUUGAGGAAAAGAAAGCAUCAGACCAAGCGGAUCAGGCUGGGAAUGACAUGCAAAAUUUGUCACUAUCAGAGCCCAAGCGGCCGACCCCAAAGCCCUCCUUAUUAAGAAAACCAAAACAGUCAGAAGAUGAACCAAGUGCAAAACGGCAAGCUGUGGAUGCAACAAAUCCCCUCCAAACUGGAAAGUCGCAAUAUUCUGCUGGGCUGGAUGGCGCUGCUGAUGUGUCUAUGACAACCCAGCCCUCAGACAGCCCAGCACCAAGUGGUCGUCUAGCUACUCCAUCUGCCUUUGCAAAGACUUUGGUCGGGUCGUCUUCCGCUACUAGUCAUGAUCAAAGACAAGAUGUUUUUGAUAUGCCCUACACCUCUUCUUCCUCCUUUCUUGCAUCAGCGUUUACCCAGCCGAGUCCCGAUGAUGUAGUUCUGGCCGCCCAGGCAAAAGCUGGUAAAAAGACCACGGCGCCAUCUACGGCGAAGAAAGCACAAAAGAGUUCUAGUGACGACACCGCCACCGGCGAUGUCUCAACGAGUAUCUCAAACCUCAAAAUUACCGAUAUUCCCGCACCUAAGAGCAAGGGAUAUGAUGUUAUAAAGGAAUAUGAAAAGAGCAACAUGAAGAAAACAGCCAGUUUCGUCGUCGUCGGGCACGUUGAUGCAGGAAAAAGUACGCUUAUGGGCCGUCUGCUAGUCGAGCUAAAGUACGUCGAAGAGCGAACUGUUGAAAAAUACAGAAGACAAGCCGAAAAAUCUGGCAAGCAAUCGUUCGCCCUCGCCUGGGUUAUGGACCAGCGAAGCGAGGAACGAGAGCGAGGUGUCACCAUCGACAUUGCCACAAAUUACUUUGAAACAGAGAAGACGAAAUUCACAAUCUUGGAUGCUCCUGGCCAUCAGGACUUCGUCCCAAAUAUGAUCGCAGGUGCCAGCCAGGCCGACUUUGCCAUCCUUGUUAUUGAUGCCAACACUGGUGCAUAUGAAAAGGGUCUCAAGGGGCAGACAAAGGAGCACGUUCUUCUCUUGCGCAGCUUGGGAUUACAACGUAUCAUUGUUGCGGUCAACAAACUUGAUAUGGUUGGAUGGUCUAAAGACCGCUUCGACGACAUUAAUCAGGAGGUCAUGGGCUUCCUCACUGGCCUUGGCUUCCAGGCAAAGAACGUCGACUUUAUUCCCAUAUCAGGAUUAAACGGAGACAAUAUUGUCAAGCCUAUUGAGGCUGAUUCCGCAUCUUGGUACAAGGGCAAUACCCUGAUCCAAGCUCUUGAGGCUUAUGAGCCCGUAACCUCGCAAGCUAUUAAGAAACCUUUCCGCAUGGCCGUGUCUGAAAUCUUCCGAUCUCAACAGCAGGGUACCACGACAUUGGCCGGCCGCAUUGACGCAGGAACAAUCCAGGUUGGCGAUGCUCUUCUCAUUCAACCGAACGCCAUUCCUGUCUACGUCAAGUCUGUUGUCAUUGAUAAGGACAGUCAGGAGUGGGCGGUUGUUGGCCAAAACGUGAGCCUGGGUCUGUCUGGACCUGAUCCUCUACAUGUGAGGGUAGGUGAUAUUCUGUGCCCGUAUGAUAACCCUAUCAUUUGUACAGACACUAUCACCAUAAAGGCUAUGGCAUUUGAGCACAUCAUGCCCAUGCCUAUUGACCUACACAAGGGGCGACUGCAUAUUGCUGGAAGUAUCGUCUCCAUGGUCGCUACCCUGGACAAGGCUACCGGUGAGGUCAUUAAAAAGAAGCCCAAGGUUAUCCAGCCGGGUGGAGUGGCUCGCAUCUUAAUUAAACUUGGGGAGAAAGUUCCUCUGGAGGCCGGUCAACGUGUCGUCAUCCGAAGCAGUGGCGAAACGAUUGCUGCUGGUCUGUUGGAGUAA